AUGGCUCCAAAGGAAGCGCUCGAGGCUCCUAAAGUCGGAUCGACUCAUAUGGUAAAAUGGAAGGGAGCUCCUCACAAAGCAAGAAUAGUAGAGGUUCGAGGUCAAUUACGGAAUGGAGAUCCUGCCGAAUACUAUGUACAUUAUAUUGGUCAGGACAGGAGACUAGAUGAAUGGGUCUUACCAGAUGUUGUGGAUAAAAGACCAGUAUCGGACGCAUCUUCUGCGGCUACCAUUGUCAUUGAGGAGACACUACCCGCUGCACCUGUAGCAGAGGGUCAGAAAGUCACGAGGAAUAUGAAGAGGAAGUUCGACGAAAUGAACUUUCACAAGCCUGGUGAAGUCGAUCCAAAACUCCUCGAUUUGGAACGAGAACGUGAAGAAGCUACCAAAGUCAGAAAUGUCGAAACGAUCUAUUUUGGCAAAUACAAGAUUGGGACCUGGUACUUUUCGCCAUAUCCAGAUGAAUACAAGGAUCAAAAGACUCUGUACUUGUGUGAAUUCUGUCUCAAGUAUAUGAGGUUGCCUGAUUCUUUGGUUCAACAUCGUCAAACAUGCAAACAGCGUCGUCCGCCAGGCACAAUGGUCUAUCACAAGGACACUAUAAAAAUCUAUGAAGUUGAUGGGAAGGAUGAAAAGCUGUAUUGUCAAAACCUGUGCCUCCUCUCCAAAUUGUUCUUGGACCACAAAACUGUAUAUUACGACAUUGAACCAUUCUACUUCUACGUCUUGACCGAAACCGAAAAGAGUAAAGGACGAGAAGUCGAUCAUUUGGUUGGAUACUUUUCAAAGGAGAAACAUAGUUUGGAUGAUUAUAAUCUCGCUUGUAUAUUGACACUCCCACCAUUCCAACGACGAGGAUUUGGUCGUAUGCUCAUCGAAUUCAGCUAUGAAGCAUCCAAGAUUGAAGGCAAAAUAGGAUCACCUGAAAGACCUCUAUCCGAUUUGGGCAUGGUUGGAUAUCGAUCAUAUUGGCAAAGUGUAUUGCUAUCCCUCUUGAAGACGAGUCAAGGUUGUAGUAUGUCUUUGAAGCAGUUAUCAGGUACAACCAGUAUUCGAGUUGAAGAUGUGGUGUCAACUCUCAGCUCUAUGGAGAUGAUUCGCUACUGGAAGGGAGAGAAUAUGAUUUGGUAG